AUUUUAGAUAUUGUAAAGGCGGAAAUUACAAAAGUACCCUUCUGCGUGAUCCUUUCCGGUGCUCCCGACUCUUCUUUCUCAGCAGCAAAGAAAUCCUUUCCUUUUCAUCGCCAUGUCUCUCAACUGCUGGGCUUCUCUCUCCCCCCACCUUUCAUGUGAGCUGCAUGUAAGAAGCAAGAAUGUUGGGGGCAUUGCAAAGGUGCAAGAAUUGAUCACAAAAACUGGAGUUUCAUCGACUAUCACUUCUCCUCUUGCAUCUCUCCAAACGGGCAACUGGGUUAAGCUCAUUUGUGGAGCUAGCUUUGAGGAUGUAGCUGAUAUCAGGAAUCUGUCUCUGGUUUACACUCUUGCUGGAGUUGACUGCAUUGAUUGUGCUGCUGAGGCAUCUGUUGUCAAUGCUGUAAACGAUGGAAUUGAAGCAGCACAAGCUAUUCUCCCCAUACGAAGGCCAUGGGUGAUGAUCAGUGUGAAUGAUGGUGAAGAUCUGCACUUUCGUAAAGCUGAAUUCGAUCCAGAUGAUUGUCCACCAGAUUGCCCAAGGCCAUGUGAGAAUGUUUGCCCUGCCGAUGCAAUCUUCUCAAAUUUGGGCAAAGCUGGUCCAUCCAAGGGCGUGUUAGCUGAACGAUGUUAUGGACGAUGUUAUGGCUGUGGCCGGUGCUUGCCUAUUUGCCCGUAUGAUAAUAUAAGAGCAAUUACAUAUGUACGAGAUGUUGCUGCUACAGCUAAACUUAUUCAACGGGAUGAAGUCGAUGCAAUUGAAAUUCACACUAGUGGAAGGCAGCCGGAGUCAUUCCAAGAACUCUGGAGUGGUCUCGGAGAUUCCAUUCACAAGCUGAAGCUUGUUGCUGUUAGCUUGCCUGACUUGGGGGAUCUGACUAUACCCAAUGGAUUCUAUGUAGGCAACAAUGAAGACGAGCCUCCAUUGCCUCAAUUUAUGGCAGUUGGAUGGCCGCCCUAUGAGCGGAGAUAUUGGCAGAGGUGCAACGAGGGAAGCAAUCAAAUUUGCUUUACAUUUAGCAUCUCUCGAAGACAAGCCAUAAGGUUUUCUUCAACUAGCUGGCGGUACAAAUGCUCACACGGUAGAGGGGCUCAAAAAGGAGAGGCUAUUUCGAACCACCAGCAUAUCCAGUACUAAAUUACUAACAACUCGGUUUAAUUUGGUACAAAUAGCCCUCUUAUGUUUAACGGGGUCUAUUGCAGAUGAUUCGAAGGGUGAGAAGGCCCCUCUCAACUCUCCUGAAACAUCGCAUGCUUUGAUAAGUGGAGUAGCUUUUGGUGGCUAUGCACGAAACAUAGUCGGGAGGGUUCUUAGCUCGUUACAGUCGGACUAUGGCUAUGCACGUCUUGAAGAUCACCCGGACCAUCUUCUCAAAGCAAUCAAGGAGUCUCUUGCUUUGGUUGGGACUGUGAAAUGCUACAAUGCAAAUUAGACGUUUGCAGAUACCUUGAGUAGCUUGGAGAUCCAAACUAUCUUGACUGAAUUCCACCCCGACGACCCAACUGAUGUUCGUUUACAGUCCGCCAUAUAUAUCGCUGUAAAUCUAGAACCGGACAGUACUCUAAUAAUCAACCAUCUAAAAGGGAAUACGAGUCGCUUAUACAAUACACA